CGCCUUUUUCAUGUCAGUACAAUUUUAGAUUUCGACCGAGCACGUUCGGGCCUCGAACCAAUUUGUACAUUGGUGGCGUUAAACCGCGUCUAAAUUUACCCAUAUUACUGGCGCAGUGCUGCUAAAGAUCAUGUACAUUUAUCCAAGUUCCCCGGAAUCAUCAUCGUCCUUGCAGUCUGAAGAAAGUGCAGCCACAAAGAUACAAGCAGGAUUCCGUGGCUACCGUGUUCGCAAACAGGUUCACCAGUCAACAAAGACAGUUAACAGCAACAGAUUCGGAAACCGCUUUUUAAGUUCGAAUAGUAAACGGAACCUAAACCAGCGUCAGCGCUCCAACCACAACAACGUCCAUACAGAAAACCAAAUGAGUUCCACCCGUUAUGAAGACGUCGAUCAUCACGUUGCGACAUCAGGAAACGAGGAAGACGCUUCGAAAUCAGUUGAAGAUCGUAGUGCUACCAAAAUUCAAGCCGGAUUUCGAGGAUUUCUUGUAAGAAAGAAACAAAAAAUGGCUACAGAAGCAGCUGUGAAAAUUCAGGCUGGUUUUCGCGGUUUUAGGGCUCGCAAGGAAUUGAAGCAGACAUAAGGCCCCCUACGACUUGUGACUAUUGUGUAGACGUGUGUUAUUUAAUAGAUUUCAGUAGUAUGUACAUACAUACAUACAUACGUACUACUAUAACCUAUGUAGUCCAUAGUCUAAGGUUUAGUUUAUGAAUUGUAAAUAUAGUUAUAUAUUAACUUAUUCUAAAUAUCCAGAAAAAUAAAUCACCAUUAGUCAACUAGUAUUGAAA